CAAAAUCAAUCGAUAUCCAAUACCAAUAUCAUCCCCUAAAUCCUUGGACCCAAUUCAAAAGACUCUAGAACGACCGAGUUCCACAAUGGAGCAAUGCACUUCCAUAUAUUAUGAUUUCCUGAGAAGCACGCGGAAGCUGUCAAGUACUUUCCUUUUCUCUUAGUUAUCAACUUGGAAACCAAGAAAGCUAUUAAAAUCUUAGUGCAUGUUCCAACUUUUUCAAAAGAGUACCAAGUGGAGAGUAGAUACAAUUAUUAUUAUUAUUUAUUAUUAAGGGAAUAAAAAUUAGACAUAGCAACUCAGAAAGUCAGUCAGCAGAGUCAGUACUUGUUUAUUUAAACUGUGAUUUCGUAAAAGGCAAUUGAUCAGUUUGGGUGAAUUGGUAGAGAGUUUCUUGAGAGGGAAAAAAAAAGAAAAAAAAGAGCUCUUUGAACAUCAUCUGAUCUUGUCUGCAAUUACAACUUCCAACUUCAUGGCGGCACUAGAUUCGGCUUCCUCCUCCUCCUCCUCCUCUGUUGCCUCCACAGUUGGAUCUUCCAGUUACGAUGUGUUUCUCAGCUUCAGGGGUGAAGAUACUCGCUAUAACUUCAUUUUUUUCCUUUACAAAGCUCUGAAAGAUGCAGGAAUCGAUGUCUUUCUUGAUAAUGAAAACUUGUGGACUGGAGAAGUAAUUGGCUCAACCCUCCUUAGAGCGAUAAAGGGGUCAAAAAUCUCGAUCCCUGUCUUCUCUAAAGGUUAUGCACAUAGCAAAUGGUGCUUGCAGGAACUUGCUCAGAUAUUUCAGUGCCACAAAUCCAAUGGUCAAAUUGUCUUGCCCAUAUUCUUUCACGUUGACCCAUCACAUGUUCGGAACCAGACCGAAAGUUUUGAAGAAGCGUUUAGGAAGCACGAGGAGAUUUUCGAGGCCGAUAUAGUAAUGAGUUGGAGGGAAGCUUUGAGAGAGGUCGGGAAUUUGAAGGGAGAAGUUCUCAAAGAAACUAUGAAUCCAGCAGAGUUAGUUGAUUCAAUUGUCAAAAGGGCCCUGAGUGAAUUGGUUAGUAGCACGCAUUUGGCUGAGUGUGAGUACCGUAUUGAUAUGGAUUCCAGUAAUAAAUGAUCUGCUAUCAUUGUUAAAUAUUGGUUCUGAUGAAGCUCUAUUCGUGGGAAUCUGUGGUUUUGGUGGCAUCGGGAAGACAACUAUUGUCAAGGCUGUCUACAAUAGGAUUUUUCCAACCUUCGAUAGGCACAGUUUUAUUUCAAAUGUUAGAGAACAAGUAAGACAAUGCAAGGGUGUAGUGUCUUUGUAGAAGCAACUUCUUAAAGAUAUUUUCAAAAGCGACUAUGACAUUGAAGAUUUACAUAGAGGACAGAAAUUAAUAAAAGAAAGAGUUUGUAAAGAAAAA